UACAGACACUGUCUUUCUGAUAAAUCAAGAUCUUUUCAGUUGCUGGGCAUUCUUGAUUCUCCCUGCUUUCUUGCUUAACUUUUCUAGCAAAAUCCCAUCUACCCUUUUCCUUAUAUGAACCCAUCUAUUUAUUUAUUUCUUAUUCUCCUAGAAUCCUCAAUUUUCUGUGAAGUUCCACUAAAGAGAUGGGCAAUUACAGGUUUAGAUUUUCAGAUAUGAUACCAAAUGCUUGGUUUUACAAGCUCAAAGACAUGAGCAGAGGCAGAAAACAAUGCAAUUCUCAAAGAUCUUUGAAGAAAAAAUCAUGCUCAGCUACUACAUCUUCUCAAAAAUCCAGCAGCUCUCAGCCAAGAUACACUUACUACUUCAACACAGAUCCUUAUAGAGCUGAUAAAUUCUAUAGUUCACCCAUUAAUACUAAGGCCUCAGAUACUCAUUUCCCUGAUUCACCGAGAAAAUCUUCAUCAUCUAAUAGAAGAAGCAAGAGAAAAACCAUCUACAAGCCUUCUCCUAAGCUUGUCUCUUCGUCUUUAACAUCUAAUGGUAGCUCUCAUGCAAAGGCCAAUUCUGUCUACUCACCUGUAGAUUACUCUAGCCCUCUUCCUGAGACAUCCCCUGAGCCUGACUUCCAUGAAUCUCUUCUAUCUGAAUCCGGCGACCAUGACGAUGAUGAUGAUGAUGAUGAUUUUGCUCCUCAUUACUCAUUUGAUAAACAAGUUGCCUCCUGCUCUGGUUCUUGCAACUGUAAACUUAGUUCUUCAACUACUGAUAUUAUCAUUGACGUUAAUGGUGAAUCCUUCAAGAGCAAAACCAAGAAGAUUGAUGGGUUCGAUUCCAUUUCUGAAUUGGAGCUUCCUCCUAUAUUCACCAAGCCAGAAAAAUUCAAUGGCGAGAAGAAGACUCUAGUCACCAAGUUCAAAAGAACAUCAUCCUCUAAACUGAACGACAGAAAAGCGAACAGGUCUCUUUCUUUCAAGACGAAGGAGGAGCCAGAGAAAAAUUCCAAGCCCAUCUCACAAAGAUCAUCACCUUCGCCAACUUCAAUGGGGAUAAGGCUUCGAGUUAACUCACCAAGAAUAGCAAGCAGGAAGAUUCAGGCUUGUGCCCGUAAAAGCUUGUCAGCUUCUUCAAGAAACAAGACUCUCUCACAAAGCUUUGCAGUGGUUAUGUCCUCAGUUGAUCCACAGAAAGAUUUCAGAGAUUCAAUGAUGGAGAUGAUCAUAGAGAAUAAUAUCCAUACAUCCAAAGAUUUAGAAGAGCUUCUUGCUUGUUAUCUUUCACUCAAUUCAAAAGAAUACCAUCAUCUUAUAGUCAAGGCAUUUGAAGAAAUCUGGUUUCACAUGACUGAUCCUCGCCUGUAAAUAAUUUUUUAGAUUUCUUAAUGUAAUUUUGCUGCUUUAUUUAAGUUCUUCUUCCUCUUAGAAUUCAGACAAGCAUUACUAAGCUACUGGGUAUUCAUAUGUAUGUAUUCUGUAAUUGUACAGUUUAUGUUUCUGUCUGAAUCAGUUCCGUUGUCUGGAAAGAAACCAAAGUAGAAACUGGAGAUAAGAAUCUCUCAUCUGCAAUAAAUGACAUUUGUUUCUGCUCUUUAA